UGCUUCCCUUAGUAAGUAAAAGCGUCUAGGAGCACAAGGACGCGCUGAAGCUCGCUUAUAUAAUAAUAUAUAUUAUAUAGUAUUAUAUUAUUUUUAACCAAAUAGGUUUCUUUCAACCACUUAAAGUCUACGAGAGCUUUUAUGAAUGUAUGAUAAAUGUCCGACAUCAUGAUGUAACGGGACUUAAUUUGUUUAGUUUGUGAGAAAUAAAGCCAAUAAACCCUACGUACGGUUUCUGCAAGUCGAUCAUACAACAUCCAACGGAAUUUAAGCCACAUUUUUAUUUACUGCAAGAUCCUGGAAGAAUCGUGUCAAAGAUGGGUUGAAAACAAUCUCAUUAACUGAGGAUCUCAAAGUGGACCAAAUAUAUUCUAUGCAGAUGCACUUUGAAGCGUCGAGCACAGUCACGUUGCUCUUUGACUUCUGGAGUGUACACGGACCUGGAGGGAUGGUUCUUUCAGUCUUUGUGGUACUGCUGCUCACGGUAUUAUACGAGUUCCUCAAGGUGUGGAAGAACGUUCUUAUCAAACGGUCUGAAACUCCCUGCUUUUCUUCAGCGCUGGAACGUCCUGAGAGCAGCUCAUCACUAGCUAACAGUCCAUCUCAGGUGUCUCUGGCUCCCACGGAGAACACCACUAGCCCUGUUCUCUGCACUUCCACUGCAAACGGCUGGCUCCUUCACGGCGUCCGGACAGGACUCCAUAUUGUUCAGGUGGUUCUGGGAUACAUGCUUAUGCUCUGUGUCAUGUCUUACAACGUCUGGAUAUUCGUCGGAGUGAUCGUGGGCUCUUUGUUGGGCUACUUCAUCGCUUUUCCUCUCUCGGGUUAUAUGAUGUAACUGACCGGGGGUGAAUGUAGUAGAUGGUACUAAUCAGGGAUUUAUUUCCUUUUUUUUGUUUGACUGACAAACUAUACAAAUUACGCAGAAGAGCCACCAGUCCUUAACCUCAGUGCCUAAGUGUUUGUACUCAGUGAAUUAACAUAAUCAUAAAGUUAAUGAGCUUUCAGUGUGGUAGAAGUUAGGUUUUUAACCCACUGUCAUUUGAACAGUGCAGUAUCUGAUUAUAUGAUCGUUGUGCUCCAUGGGGGAUUUUUAACAGCUUAAGCACUGGGACACCUAAUGUGCUGUCCAAACACUGUGUCAGCUGACCAGAUCUUGGCUCAUAAAGGUCAAUACCGCUUCGCUGUCUAGUAGUUAAUGUGUACUUCCUUUUAACCUGUACAGAGAAAUGUGCUCAACACUUUAUCUCCAACGUAGGGGAGGGGGAGGGGGGGAUCGGGGAAUGUCUUUACUUCCAUUUUUGAAAGAUUUAGUCACUUCCUUGGGUGCACAGCUUCUGGACCUCGUGAUGGACACGGUACUCACACGUCACUCAAUGACUUCUUGUUUUUUCCUGUACAGGAAGUAAUAGAUAGAAAACAAGCAUGGAAAUCAUGUAGACUUGCCUGAAAUGAAUGAGAGGAGGAAUGUUUUUAAAAAGUGAAUCUUUUAUUAAUACUGCUGCUGCUUUCUUUUUAACAAAUCAGCUGGAACUUUUUAUAAGCUUUCCCCCCCCCUAACACAUCUCCUUUUAAAUUAUAUUAAAUUGGUUUGACUAAUAA